CACCCCUGUGAAGCAGGUUUGGCUGAGAAAGAAUGACUAGUGGAAGGUCUACCGAAGAUCUGAGUAGGAAUGUGAACCCAGAUCUUCUUAGCCCUAAUUCAAAACAAGCAAAAAUUAUUCUACAUCUUCAGCAUAAUCCGAAAGUGUACUACUGAGGCUGUGCCACUUCUUUCUGUGAAGUUUGGGUACCAAAAUGACUGCAAGACAGGAGGCAGUGAAACUGCACCACCACAGCUGUUGCACAGCUGCAAGGCUGCUCGGAAGCUAGAUCUGAAAUGCAACUUGUAACUGAUCACAGCUGUCAAAAAAGAGGCUCCAUUCACUCCGCGCUCGCCCGGGUCGCUGCUGCCGCCGCCGCCGCUGCUCCUUCGCUUCCCGCGGCUGCUCCUCCGGGAUAACAAAGUUGGAAGAGGAGAGGGCUGGUGGGAAACAUGAGCGAGCUGGAAGGGGACUUUGCCAAGCUCUUGCUGCUGAAGGAUGAGCGCAUUAAAGAGCUGGAGAAGCGCCUGUCGGAGAAGGACGAGGAGAUCCAGGAGCUGAAGAGGAAGCUGCACAAGUGUCAGUCGGUGCUGCCCGCGCCCACCACCCACAUCGGACCGCGCACCACCCGGGCGCAGGGCAUCUCCGCCGAGCCCCAGACCUAUCGCUCCUUCCACGACCUCAGGCAGGCGUUUCGCAAAUUCACCAAAUCCGAAAGGUCAAAGGAUCUAAUAAAGGAAGCUAUUCUUGACAAUGACUUCAUGAAGAAUCUGGAGCUGUCACAGAUCCAAGAAAUUGUGGAUUGUAUGUAUCCAGUGGAAUAUGGCAAGGACAGUUGCAUCAUCAAAGAAGGAGAUGUGGGUUCACUGGUGUAUGUCAUGGAAGAUGGAAAGGUUGAGGUGACAAAGGAAGGUGUAAAGCUGUGUACCAUGGGUCCUGGCAAGGUAUUUGGGGAACUGGCCAUCCUUUACAACUGCACCCGGACAGCCACCGUCAAAACUCUCGUAAAUGUGAAACUUUGGGCUAUUGAUCGGCAAUGUUUUCAAACAAUAAUGAUGAGGACUGGCCUCAUCAAGCAUACAGAGUAUAUGGAAUUUUUGAAAAGCGUACCAACAUUCCAGAGCCUCCCUGAAGAGAUACUCAGUAAGCUUGCUGAUGUUCUUGAAGAGACACACUAUGAAAAUGGAGAGUACAUUAUCAGACAAGGUGCUCGAGGGGACACUUUCUUCAUAAUCAGCAAAGGCAAGGUAAAUGUUACUCGGGAAGAUUCUCCUGGGGAAGAUCCAAUCUUUCUCCGUACAUUAGGAAAAGGAGAUUGGUUUGGAGAAAAAGCCCUCCAGGGGGAAGAUGUCAGGACAGCCAAUGUAAUUGCUGCUGAAGCUGUAACGUGUCUUGUCAUCGACAGAGACUCAUUCAAACAUUUGAUUGGGGGCCUGGAUGAUGUUUCCAACAAAGCAUAUGAGGAUGCUGAAGCAAAAGCAAAAUAUGAAGCCGAAGCUGCCUUCUUCGCCAACCUGAAACUGUCUGACUUCAACAUUAUCGACACCCUUGGAGUUGGAGGUUUUGGAAGAGUUGAGCUGGUCCAGUUGAAAAGUGAUGAAUCAAAAACGUUUGCAAUGAAGAUAUUAAAGAAGCGCCACAUCGUAGACACAAGGCAACAGGAGCACAUACGCUCAGAGAAGCAGAUCAUGCAAGGGGCGCACUCUGAUUUUAUUGUGAGGCUAUACAGGACAUUCAAGGACAGCAAAUAUUUAUAUAUGUUGAUGGAAGCUUGUUUAGGAGGAGAGCUUUGGACAAUUCUCAGGGACAGAGGUUCAUUUGAAGAUUCUACAACCAGAUUUUAUACAGCAUGUGUGGUAGAAGCUUUUGCCUAUCUGCAUUCCAAAGGAAUCAUUUAUAGGGACCUCAAGCCAGAAAACCUCAUCCUAGAUCAUCGAGGUUAUGCCAAACUGGUCGAUUUUGGCUUUGCAAAAAAAAUAGGAUUUGGAAAGAAAACAUGGACUUUUUGUGGAACUCCAGAGUACGUAGCCCCAGAGAUCAUCCUGAACAAAGGUCAUGACAUUUCAGCAGACUACUGGUCACUGGGAAUCUUAAUGUAUGAGCUCUUGACUGGCAGUCCACCUUUCUCAGGCCCAGACCCCAUGAAAACCUAUAACAUCAUAUUAAGGGGGAUUGACAUGAUUGAAUUUCCAAAGAAGAUUGCCAAAAAUGCUGCUAACCUAAUUAAAAAACUAUGCAGGGACAACCCAUCAGAAAGAUUAGGGAACUUGAAAAACGGAGUGAAGGAUAUUCAAAAGCACAAGUGGUUUGAAGGCUUUAACUGGGAAGGUUUAAGAAAAGGUACAUUGACGCCUCCUAUAAUACCAAGUGUUGCAUCUCCCACAGAUACAAGCAAUUUUGAUAGUUUCCCUGAGGACAACGAUGAACCACCACCUGAUGACAACUCAGGCUGGGACAUAGACUUUUAAUGUAUCUCUCUUACCUGCUUCUGCCUUGCUGAAGACAGCUUCCUGAGACAUGGCUGCCAGCAGACCUGAAGGAAUUGGGAAGGAUUAGUGCUCGGGGUCACCACGAUGCCUUGAUUGAUGCUGCUACAGUAACUACAGUGGCAUUAGGACUUAUCGCUUAGAUGACAAUAGUGCUCUUCACAUGUUUUCUGUUUGAACUUACCAUAGCAGUUGACAUGGUGGUCCUGAAGCAAAGCCUUUUUCACUGGUAAAUAAAUGUGUUUUCUAUCACUGUAAUGAA